AACUUUUUUACAACUGUGCUGCACACAGCACGAGACUUGGAGAGAAGCAUAAACAGUCCUUGAAAGUUUUGGCUCGGCAAAGUUGUAAAAUAAUAAUUUUGAAAGUCGGUUGACGUUGCUCGGCUGGAAAAGUUGACUACGCUAUAAAUUGAAAAACAAAGGGAUUGACAAAAAUGGGUUGCCAUGGCGAGUGGUCCGUUUUGCUGGCAGGGGUGGCCGCCCGGUCGCGUGCGCCCCUCUGCGAACCGCCCCGUUCCGACGCGAAUCUGCUCUGGCUGCUGCACAAGCAGGCUGAGCCCCGAGCUGGGCACAACCCGAUCUUCGAGCUGCACAACGAACCGCUUGUCCACCCCGCUGACCAGCCCUCGGAAAUGGCCAGGCAAGUAUCGAUUCGGGAGCCUCAUGAUUUGAGUUCGCAGUAUCGUCCAACGAUGGAUCAGCGCAGACCAGGCGGUUCAUACCCUCUGAGGCCUGCCACUAAGGGCGCUAUGAGACCACCGCCAAGAGGUGGGGCCGACCCUGAAGGCGUGGAUGGCGGGGUGGACACCCUGCACAGGGAAAAUCAAAGCCUGAAGAGACGACUUGACGAAGAGUCUGCCAACUAUCGCCGCCGCCUCGACACCUACAAACAGGCGCAACAGCACCAAGCUGCUCUUGUCAGCAGGCUCCAAGCUAAGGUCCUUCAAUACAAACAAAAAUGCUCGGAUCUCGAAACUCAAGCUCUCGAGAACGUUCCUGAUUCCGAUCUAGGACUAAGAGGAUAUUCAGGUCCAAAAUCACUUGACUCGUCACAGCAUUACUUGUCAGCAAGCACUGGCGAUGUCAGGGAUGAGACAAUCCACGAUCUUGACUCGGCGUUGCGCCGUUUGGAGGAAGAGAAGAGAAAAAAUAUGCGUCUGAGGGAACAACUAGAGGAAAGCUACUUGUCAAAUGACACAUUAUCUUCUGAUCUGCAAAAAUUAACAACUGAUUGGGAGCAUUUGAGGGAUGAGUUAAUCAUCAAAGAGGACGAGUGGAAAGAAGAGGAACAGACUUUCAAUGAGUACUACUCUGCAGAGCAUAACCGACUUCUGAAUUUGUGGCGUGAUGUUAUGUCGAUGAAACGAGCUUUUGUUGAAGUUAGAUCAACCACAGAGCAAGAUCUGACAAAAUUGCGCGCCGAACUGACUAACUCAACCCAUGAGAUGAGCUCUGCUUGUCAAAAUUUGGCCAAUUACUACGACCGGAGCUCUCGUUCAGAUGAGAGCACCCAGCGUCAGCAAGAGCAGGAAAUUGCUCAUUUGCGUGGUGAAAUCAUGAAAAUGCAGUCAAUGUAUGAUUCAGCGCAAGCAGAAAUCUGUAGUAAGGAUGAUCAAAUCCAGGCACUUUUACACGACAUGAAAAUUUUGGAGGAAAAAUGUGACAAUGCUGAGCAAGGCGCUGCUCUGGUCCAAAGGGCUCAAGAGGAGCUUGCUCUUUUGCAAAACGCUCUGCGAGAUAUCGCACAUGCUGUUUUGCAAGAUGCCGAAAACAAAAAUGCAGAUGCGAAUGUUCAACCAGCAAGUCACCUGCACCUUUCUGUAUCGCAUAUGCCGCCUCGCACCUCUCCAAAAGGUCAAAUUUUGCGAGCCCCAACAUCUCCUGCCUUUGCCGAGAGCACCAUUUCAGCAGUCCAAGCAGCUUUGCACAAACACCAACUUCUGGCCCAUGAAUUACAUAAUAAGCUAAAAUCUGCUCAAGAUCAGUUGCUCCUGUUCCGACGCCAGUGUGAAGUUUCAGAUGAGAAUGGACAAGCUUUGGAGAACCACAUCAUGGAUUUGACUCAGCAGCUGGACUCGACAAAGGCUUUAGCUAAUCAGCUUGGUCAGGAGAAGGAAUCGCUUCAAAAGAAUGUUGAAAAUCUCAGAAGUGACAAAAACAAGCUGGAACGGAAUCUCAUUGAGCUCAAGGGGAAGAUGGAUAGUUUGAAUUCAGAUCUGGAAAAAGCUCAAAAAGCAAAUGCCAAAUUACAAAAGUGGGCUGAGAGGCUAGAAAACGACAAAAUGAUCCUGAGGGAUGACGUCGAGCGCAUGAAUCGAGAUUCAGAAAUCAGGGAGGCAAACUUGAAAGCAGAGGUUGAAAGGUGCGGGAGAAUACGCGAGGAUCUUAUCAACGCCAGAGAGGAGCUCAACAAACUCUACCUUGCCAAGGAUGUCCUGGAGCAGCAGAAGUUAGACUCUGAGAGUGACAUAUCUCUUCUCGAAAAGAGCAAAAGCGCCCUUGAAAUGGAACUGGAUCAAGCUCUCCUUGAAAGAUCAGAUGCUCACGAAGCCCUUGUUAAAUUGGACAACAUAAAUAAAAGUCACGUGCAGGACAAGACACGUCAGCAAGAUGACAUCAGAAAGCUUUUGGACGAGAACAGUAACCUGAAAACUCAAUGCACUGACCAUCAAAAUGAUAUUGAGUCGCUGCGAAAGGAGCUCCUUCAGGCAGAGCAAACUCGACUUGAUUUGGAAUCAGAAAAAUUGUCAUUGCACGAGAAAAUCAAGUACGGAGAAAUGGAGAAAGAAAAGAUAAACAUUGAGCUUUUACAAGUGGCGCGAGAACGCACAGAACUUUCCAAGCAAAUACCAAUCCUCGCACGACAAAAAGAAGAACUGAAUGAGGAGGUUCAGAGAGUUAGGCAACGACUGGAGCAAGCAAAUGAAACUAAUGCUAGGCUGAACAGAGAAAUGAAUGUGCUGGUGAAAGAUAAGGAAGAAACACAGGUAUUGCUUGAGGCGACAGAAAAGGAGCUCCAAAGAUUACACGAACAACACGCAGCACUCAGGAGCGAGAAAGAGGCUUUGGAAGCAGUGCUUUUCGACGCUCAAAGCAGUCUGGAGGCUUCAGAAGUCAGAGGCGUGACUUUGGAGAAAGAAAUACAAGCACUGCUGGUGACGCAAGAGAGUCUCAAAGGGCAGGUGGCAAGGCUACAGUCUGAGCUGGAAAACACACAACGGAACUUGCGUGAAACCAAGUCAAACCUCCUGCAGCAAAUGGGUGGAAAAGACGCCGAGUACAAGGAGACAAUGGCCAAUCUCAAGAAGCACAGCGAAGAAACUGCAAGAAAGCUCACAGAGGAGCGGGAGCAAGUCAAACAGUCUUUAGAGAAGAGAAUGCAGCAGGCGAUUCAACAAUUGGAGAGCGAGAAGGAGCACGAAACAAGCCAGCUGAUAAAUAGAAUUGAAGAGCUGCAGGCGCACAUGGAGGCACUCAUUCAGCAGCACGAAGAGAGUCUCCUGCGGGCUGAGAACGACAAGCAGCAAGCUUUACUGCUUGCUCACCAUGAUAUCCAAGCCCUGCAGGAGCGACUUGUCCACAUGAAAAAAGAACUUGAGGAGGAGUCAGGCAUUCUGGAAAGGACCAAACGAGAAGCAGUUUCCAAGGCUGAGCAAGACAGGGCCGUGAUGAACCAGCUGAGGGAUGAGCUCGCCAAAAUCAAGGCAAAGUUUGAAGAUUUAAAACAACGGACAGAGGAUGAAAAGAACCACAUGGAGGCACGCAUCUCUGAAACUAAAAAAGAAAGAGACUCUGCUCAAAGUGAGUGCGAUGAAAUCAGAGUUCAACUGCACCUGGUGGAGGACCGAUCCGAAAAUUUGCAAUCUGAACUUCAAGAAACUAAUUUCAAACUGAAAGAAUUGGAAAACUUGAACGAUUCCUUAAAGAAGGAUCUAAAUGAUGUGAGGCGUCAAUUGGCCGAGAGUAAUUGUGAAAAGGACAAGUACGGUAUGACAAACAAAGAUCUUCGCGAGCAAGUGAAACGCGUUGAGACUGAAAAGCGGGAGCAACUCAGGGCGUUGGAGGAUUCCUUCCAGAAGAUAAGUAUUUUGGAGGACUCGAAAACUGGCUUGGACACUGAGAGAACUAGACUCCAGUUGCAAUUGCGAGACGUUGAAAAUGCUGCUCUCCUCACUGGUCAACAGUUAUCCACAAUUAAAGAAGAAAAACAAAAGUUGGAGUCAGCUCAUUCACAAUUGACGCAAGAGCACAAUGAGCUCACCUCCAGGCUGGCAAACGAGUCUGAAGAAAAGGAGCGAGCCCAGCAAGAAAUGCACCAGCUUCGAAAGCAGAUGAUGGAGCUGGGCAACGGCCUGGAAAUGAGCAGGCAGGAAUUGUCUAGGAUUCGUUCCAGAGCAGCAGAGGAGGAAGAGAGGUGGCGUGGAAACGAACAGGCUUUGUUGGCCAGAAUUGAAGAUGGAAGGGUGCGUGAACGGAAACUAGAAGAUCAGAAGCACAACAUUGAGGUCUGUCUUGCUGACGCGACCCAGCAAAUUCAGGAGCUCAAGGCCAAGCUUGGUGGUUCGGAGGGCAGGGUGAAGGCUUUGGAAGGGCAACUAAGCAACUUGGAAGCUGUGAAAAAAGAAACAGAGCAAAGGCUUAGCAGCGUUGGAUCUACACUGAGAAGGAUUGCUGGAAUCCAGCUAGAUGGAAGUGUGACGCUUCCUUACCGCCUCUCAAGCCCAUCCAGAAGAUGGAGUCCUGCUCGUUACCACAGGUCGAGGGAGGCUGAGGAAAAGGGAGCCACCGAAAUGAUCGACGUGGACCCAGAAGUGGUGCGGAAAGGAGUUCGCUCGCUCAUGCAACAGGUCGCCCAAAUUGAAAGAGAAAGGGAUGACUUCAAGGGGCAGGUAAGUGCUGCUCAAAAGCAGUUGAAGGACGCAAUUGAUGCCCAAGGUAAGGGCGACUCUCGGCUUACAAACGCAAUGCAGACCAUCAGAAGUCUCCAGGAUGAGAAGAGUAAACUGGUGUCAAAACUAGGCCAGAAAGACAUUUCCAUCGCAGCCCAGACUGACGCUCUUCAACAAAAGUCAGAAGAGCUGUUGGUUAUGAGGGAGCGAAUUACGUCCCUAGAACUGAACUUGCAAAGUGGACAGGAGGAUAAAAAUCAAACAGAUGAAAAAAUUGAGAGGUUCCGUCAAGCUAUAAAUAGACUCGAUCAGGAUAAGCGGAAUUUGCAAGAGGAGUUGGCCAGAAGUGAAUCGCGAGGCACCAAACUUGAGCUCCAAAGAAUGUCCAUGGAAGGAGACUUGCAGAGGUUGCAAAUGAUGAUCCAAGAGAAGGAUAAUCACUGCCAAAAAUUACAAGAUAAAGCAGAAGCGCAAUCCAGGACUAUAGCCAGUCUUGAAGAGCGAUGCGCUUCUCUGAAAACAACUAUCGACCAGCUCAAUAUUUCCUUGGAGCAAGCUGCGACAACUGACAGGGACUUGAGAACAGAAAUCAAAGAUUUGCAGAGGACGUUGAUGGACACAGCCAGCUCAUCUCAAAACGCCGGCGAAAAGCUUAAACAGAUUCAGAAAAGCUUGCAGAACAGUGAAAAUGAAAAGCGAGUUCUGGUAGAAAAGCUGGAAUCCUCGCAGGGUGCGGCCACCGACUUGCGGCGUGCUCAAUCACAGCUUAAUGAGCAGAUCCAGAGGCUGCAGUCUGAGCUCUCGAACAGCGAGUUAAAGCGCUCAAGUUUGGAAACACAACUUAGACUGUCCAGCUGGCCAAAUAACAAAGAGGUGGCGGAGCGGGACGAGGAGGCGCUACGGCAGUUGCAGACCGCGCAGAGGGAAAAGAUGGAAUACAAAGCCAAAGCUGAUGCUCUGAUUGACAAGGUGCGUCAACUGGAGAGGAGUCUAGAUCGGUCAAAAACAACGUCCAGAACAUUUGAAGGGACCGCUGGCCAUGAAUCGUCAGAUCUGGAGCACGAGCACGAAAUUAGAGAGCUAAAAAUGCGAAUUCGGCACCUAGAGAAUCAGCUUUCAGACAAAGACGCUGAGUUCUCACGAAGUAGAGUGCACCAAGCUUCGAUGCUCGACCACUCGUCGGAAUUGGAGCGACUAAGGAGCUCUCAGCAGCAAGCGGAGCGAAUGCUGGACAACAGAGAGCAAUCGCACAGGCAGCAGGUCAUCAAGCUGGAGAAUCAGAUCCAGCUGCUACGCGAACAACUCAGCCAGGAGGUGAAGAGGAGGCAGCUGUAUGUUUUGCGCAGCUCUAGGGCCGGGCGGGAGAUGCAGCAGCUGCGGCAAGCGCUCGGGGACUCGCUGCACACGGUGGCGCACGACCCGAGCUUGGACUCUAUGCUGCUUGAGCACGAAGCACGGAAGCUAGACUCGGCCACAAGUCUGGUGCCAGAUUUGGGCCGAGGUCGUUCGGCCACCCCGCACAAGUAGAGCAAAAAAUAGUUGUUGUUCGAGUUAAUGGUUGUUGCUAAGCUCACUGAGAAUAGAAACGCACAUUCCUGAUCAAUUGCUACAGCUGGGUUAGGUCUUGUUUUUCAAGACCAAACUCUUAGUUAAGAACAAAAGUGCAUUUAUUCCAUUUUCAUUUGUGCAGAAUUGCAAUUAUUAUGUGCUGAGAAACUGGAACCACUGUGAAUUCCUAUUGAUUUUUAAGACAUUUUGAAACUUAAUGUUAAGAUCUGUUUAGACGAUAGAAAUUUAAUUUAGAUAUUGAUUGGUACUUGUAAGAAGUCUGCAUCAAUUCUUGUGCUACAAGAAUCAUUUUCAGAUGUCCAGACAGCCUUUUUGUCACUUCAGAGAGCUUUGUGUCAAUUUUAGACUACUUUCUGAACAAACACUAGUCAUAACUAUUGUAAGGAAAGAAGGAGCAAUGCCGAUUGAAAUUACAUUUUGAUGACAAUCUUAUGUCCAGCUCCUUCUGACUUGGAAUUCAUAACCAAAUCCCCUGGCCGUCCAUGUUAAUCAGAGGUUCAUAGUUUAUAUCAAAGAUCUGUAAGUUUCCGUUUUGUGAUGAAAAAAUCUUUGAUGUUUCAAGUAUAAAGGUUGAGUAAUAAAAUUACGCCAAAAGAUUUCAUAGCUACUUCAGGUAUUAUUCAAAUAUAUUUCGUUUGGCCGUUCCAUCAGACCCAAUUAUAAAAAUAGUAUACUUAAAAUAAUUUAAAAUUAUAAAAAUCGUGCAGCGAUCCUUGUUCUUGGCGGUAAUUAACAAUAUUAAAUCAUAUCAGAUUGCAUUGAAGCAUAAUAGUUUUUAAGAUAAUGAAAAAUAAAUGCAAUGAUUAAAUCA